CAAGCAAAUCCUUGAGACCGCAAGACGAGAAAUAGAUUAUAAGACAAGCUCACUUUAGUGUUCCUAACGAGUGACAAAUAGAGACUCAGCCAUUACUCUCUCUUUCUCACUCUCCAGGCAUGGCCAAAACAAGACUUCGACCUCUUCUCUCACUCCUCACAUUCCUACUUUCUGUUUCCUCUCUCUUGACUCCUUCACUUUCAUCCAUAGACUCCUUCGUCUAUGGUGGGUGCUCACAGAUCAAGUACUCCCCAAACUCUCCAUACGAGUCGAACCUCAACUCACUCCUCACUUCCCUGGUCAACUCAGCCACCUACUCGGCCUACAACAAGUUCUCCAUGAUGGGCUCCAGUCCACAGGACGUUGUCUACGGCCUCUACCAAUGCAGGGGCGACCUCGCCAUGCCCGACUGCGCCACCUGCGUCGCUCGCUCAGUGAGUCAACUCGGCGUCUUGUGUUCCCAGUCCUGUGGUGGGGCUGUACAGUUACAAGGGUGUUUCGUCAAGUACGAUAACACUACCUUCCUGGGUGUGGAGGACAAGACUGUGGUGUUGAAGAAAUGUGGGCCGUCGAUCGGGUAUGAUACGGGGGCGAUGAGCGGUAGAGAUGCGGUGUUGGGGAGUAUGGGUGGGGCGAGUGGGCCAUAUAGGGUUGGUGGGACCGGGGAUGUUCAGGGUGUGGCGCAGUGUGUAGGGGAUUUGAGUACGAGUGAGUGUCAGGAUUGUUUAUCGGAGGCGAUCGGACGGUUGAAGAGCGAUUGUGGGACCGCUGUUUAUGGGGAUAUGUUCUUGGCCAAGUGUUAUGCAAGGUACUCUACCACUGGGGCACACGCUUACGCCAAAUCCAACAAUUCAUAUCAUAACGAGGGUGAGAAGACAUUUGCGAUUAUUAUUGGAUUAUUAGCUGGGGUAGCUCUUCUCAUCAUCUUCUUAACUUUCCUAAGAAAGGUGUUUGAAGGAAAUGGUAAAUAAACUAUUAUUUGUCCAAGCCCUACUACCUUUUUAUGAUCAUUUGCUUUUGGAAGCUCUUUUAGCUUACUUUUUCUAUUCAUGAUGUCCAAGUUGCUUUUUAUCUCGUUACCCUUUUCUGGAAUUUGUUCUUUAUAUUCAUCCCCAAAGGAGAUCUAGUGUGUGUAGGAAAGAUCUCUCUCUCUCUCUAGGGCCAUGCAUGCAUGUACCCUUAAAAGAAAGGCAAAAGAAGGGCUAAGAUUCCACUCUCCCCACCACUCACAAAAGUUCUGUUGUUUGAUGUGAAGAAAUGGCAUAUUCUUUUUUUUGUGAAGGUGUUGAAUGAUCGAUUUUUUA